GCCUGGGGCGCUGCGUGGAGGCGGCCUUGGCGGACGUCCAGACCCCGGGCUCGGGCACCGCAGCUCGCCGUGCGCGGGACCGGCGGCCGCGGGCGCUCGGCGGCGGGACCGGGCGGCCUCCCGGCGAGCGCGCGGGGGCCAGUGGCCGCGGGUGCGGCGGCCUCGGGAGGGAGGCGGCGCCGCGCCCCGCCGGCCGGCCGAGACGACGGGAAGUUUUAUUGGCAGCUCGGGAGCCGUGGCGGAUGGUGGGACUCUCCGGCCCUGUGCAGUAUCGGACUGAGAAACACUCCACGAUGCCAGACUCACCUGUGGAUGUGAAGACUCCGUCCAGGCUGACUCCUCCCACGAUGCCACCUCCCCCGACAACUCAAGGAGCCCCGAGAACCAGUUCAUUUACACCAACAACGUUAACUAAUGGCACAAGCCAUUCACCCACAGCCUUGAAUGGUGCCCCCUCGCCGCCCAAUGGCUUUAGCAAUGGGCCUUCCUCUUCUUCCUCUUCUUCUCUGGCUAAUCAACAGCUGCCCCCAGCCUGUGGCGCCAGGCAACUCAGUAAACUGAAACGGUUCCUUACUACCCUGCAGCAGUUUGGCAAUGACAUUUCACCAGAGAUAGGAGAGAGAGUCCGCACCCUCGUCCUAGGACUGGUGAACUCUACUUUGACAAUUGAAGAAUUUCAUUCCAAACUGCAAGAAGCUACUAACUUCCCACUGCGACCUUUCGUCAUCCCGUUCUUGAAGGCGAACCUGCCCCUGCUGCAGCGCGAGCUCCUGCACUGCGCGAGGCUGGCCAAGCAGAACCCUGCCCAGUACCUCGCCCAGCACGAGCAGCUGCUCCUGGACGCCAGCACCACCUCCCCUGUGGACUCCUCCGAGCUGCUCCUCGACGUGAACGAGAACGGGAAGAGGCGGACUCCAGACAGAACCAAAGAAAAUGGCUUUGACAGAGAGCCUUUGCACUCAGAACAUCCAAGCAAGCGGCCAUGCACCAUUAGCCCCGGCCAGCGGUACAGUCCAAAUAACGGCUUGUCCUACCAGCCCAAUGGCCUGCCUCACCCCACCCCACCUCCACCUCAGCAUUACCGUUUGGAUGAUAUGGCCAUUGCCCACCACUACAGGGACUCCUACCGACACCCCAGCCACAGGGACCUCAGGGACAGAAACAGACCUAUGGGGUUGCAUGGCACACGUCAAGAAGAAAUGAUUGAUCACAGGCUAACUGACAGAGAAUGGGCAGAGGAGUGGAAACAUCUUGACCAUCUGUUAAACUGCAUAAUGGACAUGGUGGAGAAGACCCGGCGCUCUCUCACCGUGCUGAGGCGGUGUCAGGAGGCGGACCGAGAGGAGCUGAAUUACUGGAUCCGGCGGUACAGCGACGCCGAGGACUUGAAAAAGGGCGGCAGCAGCAGCAGCAGCCACUCCCGGCAGCAGAGCCCCGUCAACCCGGACCCCGUGGCAUUAGAUGCACAUCGGGAAUUCCUUCACAGGCCUGCUUCUGGAUAUGUGCCAGAGGAGAUCUGGAAGAAAGCUGAGGAGGCCGUCAACGAGGUGAAGCGCCAGGCCAUGACCGAGCUGCAGAAGGCCGUGUCCGAGGCCGAGCGCAAAGCCCACGACAUGAUCACCACCGAGCGGGCCAAGAUGGAGCGCACGGUGGCCGAGGCCAAGCGGCAGGCGGCGGAGGACGCGCUGGCCGUCAUCAAUCAGCAGGAGGACUCCAGCGAGAGUUGCUGGAACUGUGGCCGUAAAGCGAGUGAGACCUGCAGCGGCUGCAACACGGCUCGAUACUGCGGCUCGUUUUGCCAGCACAAAGACUGGGAAAAGCACCACCACAUCUGUGGACAGACCCUGCAGGCCCAGCCGCAGGGGGACACGCCCGCCGUCAGCUCCUCGGUCACGCCCAGCAGCGGGGCCGGGAGCCCGAUGGACACCCCACCAGCAGCCACCCCGAGGUCAACCACCCCGGGGACCCCGUCCACCAUAGAGACAACCCCUCGCUAGAUGUGAACUCCGAACUGUCCAAGGAAACACAACACAACCAACACGAAACCAAUUCUUCAUCCUCAGAUGCUCGAAGUUCUUUUUGUUUGUUUGUUUGUGUGUAGAUGAACUUUCCUAUUGCAGUCCUUGAGCAAGAGAGAACCUACCCGGUAGGAAGACAGAGGGCCAGUCACGGGUCGUAAGGACUUAUUGUGGAUAACAAAGAUAAUCUCCUCCUUAGAGAACUGAAAAGAGAGCAGAGAAUAUAACAUGAAAUGAUAGAUUUGACCUCCUCCCUGUUAUUCGCCAGUAGCUGGGAUUUUAAACUAGAUGACCUCAUUAACCGAUGCUUUACCAAACAGCAAACCAAGAGAUUGCUAAUUGCUGUUGAAAGCAAAAUGCUAAGAUUAAGACACAGUGUUCCUGAUAUAUAAUAAUGGGGGGGAAAAAAAGAAAAAAAAAAGAGGAAAACCCUCCAGGGCAUGAGCAUUGGCUACAGUGGUAGACGUUUUAACAAGAAGAUGAAUGGCGUCCAUGGGUUGCUAACUGAACUCUGAAGACCCGCUACAAAACACACAUAUGUGCAGCAUAUUGGAAGGAGAAACAGAUGUUCGUUUUUCCCCCCACCCCCCAGUUUCUGAAAAGAAAUAAUAUCCAGGUCAACAGAAUGAAAAAUGAAAGAUGAUUUGCAGUGGGAUGUAUGGAUACAGCAGCAAGAGAAAAAAAAAAAAAAGCCCUAAUACAAAAAGCUCCUUUACACACACACACACACACACACACACACACACACACACACACAGGUUAAGAGAUUCAGCCUGCAGUUAAUUAGCAUUCUGGCAGCUCUGACAUCAGCCGGCUGCCCUAACUAACCCAUUCCACGUUUAUUCACUUUUUCAAGACUCCACAGAAUAAGACAUUGGGUCUAUUCCAGCUCAUUCAUUUUUAUAUUGAAAAAUACUUUUUAAAAAAUGGUGGCUCCAGCUCCAGCCCCUUUCCAAAUUUUCAACCCUGCCCUGUUUAGAUUUUUUAAUUAAAGACGAGUAGUUCUCUUCGUGUGAAAACACUUCUGUCCUGUGAGGUUUCCAAUGGUGUUUUUCUUGUAAAUGUGUUGGACAAAUGUGAAGAUGCAUUGUAGUUUAACCAUACGCCCGCAUUUAGUCUCUUUAUUCCUAGUUGAUGAGAAACCUGUAUCUUUCUAUGCUGCUUUUAUAUCUAUAUGUAUUAGUGAUAUUUCUCUAGUAGUUCGGGGGGGAAAAAGACUUUUUUUGGUUGUCCUCAAGAAAAGAAAAAAGCAAAGAAAAAAAAUCUUUCGGAGCUGCUAUUUCACUCUCUUCUAGGAUUUUUUUUCCUGAAAACCAGCAUGUUCAUGGAAUGCUAACCUUGGUGUUUUUGUAAGAGGGGAUGUACAUAAAUGUAUUUUGCACUGUCACAUGACUCCCUAGGCAUGCUUUUUUUUUUUUUUUUUUAAGCAAACUUCGAAUAUGCUAGAGCCAUUUCACCAAGUUUAGCUGUAGCAUAGAGUAGUAGUGGAUUUUUUCCUUUUUUUUUUUUUGUUGAAAAAUCAUUAUUGGGACUUUUUUUUAAAAAAAAAAAAUAACAAGAUAAUCUACUUUAAAAAAAAAAGACAGUGCAUGUAUAUUGCUGUAAGGUUGUUUAAGUAUUUCUAAUUUUACAAAAAAAUAAAAUAAAAUGUUAACUCAUUAGAGUCCAAAUGCUGAGGUGUAGACUGACAGCUUUAAGUGCUGAAUGCCAGGUUACAGUUUUCUUACAAAAGGGAAGUCCGCCAAAGACUGAUCUGAUGGACCAAAAGCCGCAUCUUGAAAAGCACCAGGACUACUUUCCAAAUGCUCAGCAGGUUAACUGUGUUCAGCAAGGUCUCGUGUGAAUCCAUGAACCCUUCCUUGUCCAGGGUCCAGACCAGAACUACUUGUUAGUUUUGAAACCAGUAGCCCAGGAUAUGGUUGUGUGCUUCAGGGGGAGCAGUGCUGCAGGCUGUGUAAACAACCAAAGUUUUCGAGGCUGGGAAGACCCUUCUCCACGCACAUACGCACACCAGGCAUUGACUUAAAAAUCUAAAGUGAUCCAUUAGGGUUUCUUUUGUGUGUGUGUGUGUGUGUGUGUGUGUGUGUGUGUGUGUGUGUGUUUUGUUUUUAAUGUAGCCCUUGGAUUCCAUUUUAAACGGCUUUUCAGUAUCUGCAUAGAGGCAAUCCUAAAUCUGUUUGCUUUACGUCCUCUAAACCUAAACUUUUUUUUAGCAUUCCCCCCACCCCCGGUAUUUUCCUAUUCAAGUUGGCUUUACUUUUGUUCGGGUGCCGUUGUUUUUGUGUUUGUUUGUUUGUUUUUAAUGGCUUUUUUAGUGUAGAAAGUUCUGAUGAGCAAAUAUAUACAUCUAUCUGCAUGUCGGAAGUCCAUCUGCCAGCACACCUGCUUAAAGGGAAAGAAAGCACAUAACCAGGCUCUGAAUGGGUGAUCUUUUAUCAUGGUGCUCCCAGAAUCCUUUGACCUCACUCUGCUUUCUAGUCUGCUUAUGACACUGGACGGUCCUUUCUUACAGAGCUAUUAUAAGUUCUAGGCUACGAAGGGUUAAAUAAUCCCCCCCACCCCCCUCCAAAAAAAAAAAAUGAGGUAUGUCAUACCCACAGGUCAUUAUCUCUAGAAGCUGUGAUGUAUGUGAAACAGCACUGUUAUCUUAACACUCGUGUGUAAAAUAAGGAUUAGUAACAGUACGUCUCAUCACUUUUAAUUCAGGGCACCCUGAGUGAAAACGAAUAAGAAAAAAAAAAAAUCCCUAACUCUGAGCUCUAUCUCUGACUCCUCCUCCUUCUCUCCCUCUUCCUCCUCCUCCUCUUCCUCUUCCUGUUUUGCUACAUUCUCCUCAGUGGCAAAAAAGUUUCACUCUACCUCUUGACAGCAUGUAUAUUGCACCAGUAGCUAACAAAAAACUGGUCGACUAGACAAACCAAAUGGGCACAAAAGAACCAGGAUACCAAAAGUUAAGCUCAUACAGCUGCAAACCAUAUCACUCCUUGGUAACAAUGCAGACCUCAUAAACCUAAAAAAGAGAAAGAAAAGAAAAAAACUUUCCUUACUUUCCUUUCCUGCUUGUCACGUAUGUACAGGCCACGUGAGAGUAUAAUUUGUAGGUAUAAUGCAUUUUUAAAAAGUUAUCUUCCUUGGAUAGAAUUGAAUGGUGGUCGCAGAUAGAAAUAGGGCGUCCUCUAUCUCUUAUUUCUGUCUCUGACUCUUUUUUUUUUUUCUUUUUCUCUGUCAUGAGACUGUGUGUGACAGGGCGACCUGUCUUUUAAAUUUUUUUUUUCCCUAACUUUUUUUUUUUUUAAACGUGUAGGUGCAUGUCUUGGGGAUUUAAAAAUUUCAAGGCUGGUUUACUUAUGCAAAGCAUGCCUAUGUCUGAAAUACUUAGGGAAAGAAAGUGACUCCGUGUUGUCCGAAUUCCUCAAGGGACAGAAGAAGAAAAAAAUUGGAGACUGUUGAAAUGCAGAUUUGAAGUAACUUUUUUUUAAAAAAUAUUAUUUUGGGUUCUGCGACAUUCUUGUGAAAAAAUUAAAGUUGUUGUGCAAUACUUAAUUCAGACAUGUACCACAAGUGAAUGGUAGACUAACACUGGGGGGUGGGGUCUAGGCAUCAUGCUUUUGUCAGCAUACUCUUGAGCUUUUAAGUCUACUAUGUCUGAACUGUGGUUUCUUGUUUAUCCUUUUCUCCUUAGUUGGACUGUAAUGUAUGGUCUGUCAACCUGUGAAUCUUUAAAGUAUGAUUCAGGUAUUGUUGUAUUCUUUACUGUGUAAUAAAGUUUUAAAAAAAACCCUGUA